AUGGUGAAAAUCACGAUACUGGCCAUACUGCCAGCCCUCCUCCAACUCGCUACAGCAGACUUCGGACUUGCCGGUCAACUGUUCCAGCUCUCUGGCGCCGCUUCCGUGAACAAUGCUAAGCUUUCCUGGGCCUUGGUGAGCGGUGCUUCCUCAUACCGCGUCGAGCAGAGCAUUGGCACUGGAGCAUACACCACGUUAGCCACUGUGCCAGGCGACAACUACGAUUCCUACGGACUGACCGUGGGCUCCAAAUACAACUUCCGCGUCACGGCGCUCAACGGCAACAGUCAGGUCGAUCAAUCAAGCAUCGCAUCCCUCACUCCUUUCGCACCGCAGGGUACUUACCACACAUACGACAAUACGCAGGCCUCUAAUCGUACCAUCAAGUCGAAUCUCGAAGCAAACGGGGUCUACUAUCGUUACAACUACGAGAAGGCAACGAACGGCAGCUUCGGUCGCCUUCAAGAACAGACUUCUUCGGAUGGAUACACCUUCAGCGGCGACAAGACCGUGCUGACCGGCCAGGUGUUGUGCGCCUCGGCAAAUUACAGCUGCAAGCUUGAGAGGACAGAAUUUUUGAAGAAUCCUACCACGGGAGACUUCGUCCUGUGGGCACACUUUGAACGCAGCGCGGACUAUGGCCUCGGCGAGGUGGCGGUUGCACACGCUACACCGGGGCAGAGCUUUACCUUUGACGGCGCCUUCCGGCCUCUAGGCGACGACUCCCGAGACAUGGCCUUCUUCGCGGACGGAAAAGAUGCAUACUUGGUCACGGCUACCAACACCAACACCAACAACAACAUUUACUCCCUGACUUCCAACUGGACCGCCAUCGAGAAGAAAUUGAUACAGGUAAACGUCAACGGACAUCGCGAGGCGCCCGCCGUGAUCAAGUCGAACGGAUGGUUCUAUCUCUUUACCUCGCGCGCAUCUGGCUGGCUUCCGUCGCAACCGCAGUACAUCUCGGCUCAGAGCAUGGCCGGGCCGUGGGGAGCUCCUGUGAAUGUGGCAAACAUUGCCACAUUCAGCGCCCAAUCUGGAAGUGUCCAGCAGCUCGAAAGUGGACAGUUUGAGAUGUCCGCAGAUCGAUGGUCAUCCAACUGGCCAACAAAGGGAGGUCCCACUCGUCAGCUGACUCUCCCAAUCUCCCUCUCGGCAGCGGGAGGGUAUGCGUCGUACCACUUCUACCGCACCGUGAAGUACUCGGACGACAUCUCGACCGCUGGUCAGGGCAUCUACGGUGUCCAAACGGGACAGAUUCUGUCCAACGGCAAGCCAUCCAGCUCCGAUGCAGGAACCCAAAACAUCUCGCUUGCCAACGACGGAAUCCAGCAGGUCCCCGGCAGCUUCUUCAAGCCCUCCAAGGUUCCCUUCUGGUACCAGAUCGAUCUGCAAGACUCGCACGCCAUCUCCCAGGUGGACCUCACGACCAACAUGGUCCAAGGCUCCGAGACAUUCUACCAAUUCAACGUCACGGGGAGCACCGACGGAAAGACGUUCGUCGCACUGGCCGAUCAGAGCACCAACACCAGUCCAGGCUUCGUUGCGAGUUUCCCGACCUCGACGCAGAAGUUCCGAUAUGUUCGCAUCAACGUCAACGAGAUCAUCAAUAACGUCAAUGGCAAGGAAGCCGACUUCGCCAGCGGCGUCACGGAGGUGACCGUGUAUGGUAGUUAG